GCAUGCAAACCUCGUGGCUCAUAGAGGGAUGAUCACUGACGGACCUGAGGCUGAUAUGAAUUAUUUAUUAUUAAAGGAAAUAAAAGGAAGAAGCAGCUAAAACAUAUUUUAACCAUCAUCAACAAUGUCUGACAAGAAGAGGCGAAAGACGUCUGCAACAGAGAGCACGGCCACUAAUGUGUCCUCAGAGUCAACAGUUUGUCCUCAGAAGGAUGCUGAGAGCUCAACAAGCCCAAGCCGUGUCUCUCUUAAGAGCGCCACUUCCAUGUUUUUGCCAUUUGACUUCAGGGAAGGCAGGUUAAAAAGUGAGAAACCCAGGGAAGAGCUUACAGGCUGUGCAUUAUCUAAAGAGCCACUAACAGAUUCAGCGAACUCUAUGUGUGGACACCUGUCAUGUGGGCAUUGUGGCACUUUGGUAUUGGAACAGGUUGAAUCACCGAAAAGUUCCUUCUGCUUGAAGUGUGGUGAGAAAUUAUCAAAAGACACAGAUAAAGACACAGGAAACAAUGUCAUUUUGGAAGCAAAGAGAAAUCUCCAAAAUGCAUUGAAAAAUAAAUUCACAUUAACAUCAGAAGGCAACGGUGAUCAGCGCAAUCCCCUUAAAAGCAUCUACACAACACUGUUCAUCACCACAGGAGAGAAUGAUAAACAAAAUGAAGAACAUGAAUACAAACGGCUCAAACAUGCUCGGAGAGGUCAACCCUCAUCUGAUUGUUUAGUCAAUCUUAAUGAGAUCUUCAAACUGAUGCCUGAACAACAGAAACCACACAGAACAGUCCUUACAAAGGGAGUUGCUGGUAUUGGAAAAUCAUUUGCAGUCCAAAAGUUUAUCCUUGACUGGGCUGAAAGGGAAGCAAACCAAGAGACUGAUUUUAUUCUCUGCCUUGCCUUCAGAGAAUUGAACUUGAUUACAGGAGAAAAAAGCCUCCAUGAGCUGCUGACUGAGUUUCACCCAGAACUACAACCCUUAAAAGAUCAUCAAGAAUAUGCCAAAGCAAAGGUUAUAGUGAUCCUCGAUGGUCUAGAUGAGAUCAAACACCAGCUGGACUUUGGUUCCUCAACCAAAGUAACUUCUCUAAGUGAUGUCACAUCUGUAGGUAACCUUCUUGUAAACCUCAUCAAGGGUAACCUCCUUCCUGAUGCAAACGUCUGGAUAACUUCCCGUCCAGCAGCAGCCAGUCAGAUCCCUGCAGAGUACAUUGACAUGGUGACAGAGAUAAGAGGGUUCACUGAUGCUCAGAAAGGUGAAUAUUUUCAAAGGAGAUUUAGGGAUAAUUCUGUCGCUAACAGAAUAACAUCAUAUAUUCAGUCGUCACAAAACCUUGACAACAUGUGCCAGAUCCCAGUAUUCUGUUGGAUUACCGCUGUCUUAUUUGAAGAAGUCUUUGGCAAAAAUGAAGAAACACAAGUUCCCCAAACUCUGACAGAGUUGAUGUCACAUUUUGUGUUUGCACAGACAAAACGUAGAAGCAGAAAAUAUGAUCGGAACCCAGAGAAAAACAGAGAGAAGCUCCUAAAGACUCAUAGAGAGUUCCUUCUGAAACUUGGAAAGCUUGCAUUUGUCCAGCUUUUAGAAAACAAACUCAUCUUCUAUGAAGAAGACCUGGAAGACUGUGGCAUUGACGUUGCAGAAGCAUCAAUCUACUCCGGUUUAUGCAACACUGUUCUCCGGGAAGAGGAAGUCUUCUCCCAGAGAAAGGUCUUUUUCUUUGUCCAUCUUACUCUUCAAGAGUUCUUUGCCGCUCUACAUGUCUAUGAGUGUUUGAAAAACAAGAAAAACAAUGAACUUAAGGAUUUCCUUUCUAUAGAGGAAAAAGACCCAUCUGUACUUGAUUUAUUGAAGAUGACCGUUGACAAAGUUCUGGAGAAGAGGAACGGCCACUUAGACUUUUUCCUGCGAUUUCUUCUUGGCCUAAUGGUUGAACCCAACCAGAGAUUCCUCCAGGGUCUGUUGACUCCACUUGACCAAUGGGAUGACAUUGACAGGAAAAUCCUAACUUACCUGAGAUCUAUUCGAAGAAAAACUCUCUCUCCAGACAGCUGUAUCAACAUCUUCCAGACCAUGAUUGAAAUGAGAGAUCACAGGGUCAAAGAUGAGAUUCAGGAAUAUCUUCAACUUUCUGACCAUUCAGACAUGGAACUGGCUCCUUUGCACUGCUCUGCUUUGGCCUACAUGCUGCAGAUGUCCAAGAAUGAUCUGGAAUUACUAGAUCUAAAGAGCUACAAAGCAUCAGAUGAUGGUAGAAGGAGAUUGAUACCAGCUGUGACGAGCAGCAAAAAAGCAGUGCUUGCAAAUUGCAAAGUAACAGCCCAUUGGAUGGAACACCUGGCAAAUGCUCUUAGCUUCUCCUACUCAGCUCUGCGUGAUCUCGACUUGAGCAACAAUGACCUGAGGGAUUCAGGAGUGGAGCAGCUUUGUCAUGGGCUCUCCAGUAAGUCCUGCAAACUGGAGAUACUAAGGCUGUCUGGUUGUUUGGUCACAGAAAAUGGCUGCAAACAUCUGGUCCUGGCUCUUCGGUCCAACCCCUUCCACCUGAUGGAGCUGGACCUGAGCUACAACCAUCCAGGAGAUUCUGGAGCUAAGCUGCUGUCUGAGCUGAAGGAUGAUCCACAGUACAAGCUCAGCAAGCUCAACCUUCGCUAUGCUGGGACUCACAGAUUAAAGGCUGGCUUUAAAAAAUAUGCCUGUGAACUCACUUUUAGCCCUGAUGCAGCCCACCAGAACCUGGUUCUGUCUGAGGGAAACAGAAAGGUGACUUGGUUGGAGGAUGAUCCGCCUCAUCUUCAUCCCAUAGAACACUCUGAUCGUCACCAACAGGUGCUUUGUAAUCAGGCGCUAACAGGGCGCCAUUACUGGGAGGUGGAGGUCUCUGGAUCUUUAAGCAUUGGGGUCACACAUGAGGAUGCGUUAAAGAAAGGGAAGAUGGGGGAUUUCAAGAUGGGGCAUAAUAAGGAUUCCUGGUGUUUGGUUUGUUCCUAUGAUGGUUUCCAUGUUUUGCAUCACAGCCACAGACUAGACGUGCCUUCCCUUGGAUGGCGCACCAGUCGGUUGGGGGUGUAUCUUGACUGGCCUGGUGGUACUUUGUCUUUCUACAGAGUUUCCUCUGACAGUUUGAUCCAUCUGUAUACUUUCAAAGGAGCUUUCAGUGAGCCUCUUUAUCCUGCAGUGGAACUUAACAUCCUGUCAUCCGCCGUAUUUUGUCAUCUAAACUAAACUAAAUGGGCCACUUUACAUAUGCAUGUGCGUGUUCUCAAUUAUCAGGGCGAUCAUUUGAAAAAGAUUUGGUUUUUAAUUUAGAAGUUUACUAUUAUUUGAAACUGCUUCUCAGUGUUACUGCACCUUGAAUUGCUUUUAAUCUUAAUUUCGAAUUACAUACUUAGCCUAUAAGCCUGAAUGAAAUGUAUCAAAACUAAUGAAAAUUCAGUUAGACUUUUUGUUUUCUUUUCUUUUCUAAAAGACAACUUAAUUAUGCGUGGAGUUCAGUGGAUUUGGGUUUAUUGGUGGGAGGUGGGCUUGGUUUUUAGGCAUGCAGUGUCGGCAGUGGGGAUACAUAUUAAGGUAGUAGGUGGGUACACGUUUUGGUUUGCUUUUAACAUUUUUCUGGUUUUUAAAGUAUUGCAAGUAGUUCAGUUUGGAUGUAAAUUGGCGCUCAUGCAGCUCUGUGGAAAACUAUUACAUUUAAAUUAAAUUGAAGCAUCUAGAACUGACUCCAGAGGGCCGAAAUGGUGACUUUGUUGAUGUAGUGGAGCUACAGGCAGCUCCUGCAUCAUCUGACAGUGUUUAAGAGUAAUUAUUUGAGAUCAACAGAUGUAGAGGUUGUGUGGUUAACAUGU